GUGAGGGAAGCCAAACUUUUUCCUAUUUAAGGCCAAAGCAAAGGAAUCUCAGUGGCUGAGUUUUAUGACGGGCCCGGUGCUGAAGGGCAGGGAACAACUGAUGGUGCUACUUUGAACUGCUUUUCUUUUCUCCUUUUUGCACAAAGAGUCUCAUGUCUGAUAUUUAGACAUGAUGAGCUUUGUGCAAAAGGGGACCUGGUUUCUUCUUACUCUGCUUCACUCCACUGUUAUUUUGGCACAACAGACCCAGGAAGCUAUUGAUGGCGGAUGCUCCCAUCUUGGUCAGUCCUACGCGGAUAGAGAUGUCUGGAAGCCAGAACCGUGCCAAAUAUGCGUCUGUGACUCAGGAUCUGUUCUCUGCGAUGACAUAAUAUGUGACGAUGAAGAAUUAGACUGCCCCAACCCAGAAAUUCCAUUUGGAGAAUGUUGCGCAGUUUGCCCACAGCCUCCCACAGCUCCUACUCGCCCUCCUAAUGGUCUCGGACCUCAAGGCCCCAAGGGAGAUCCAGGCCCUCCUGGUAUUCCUGGGAGAAAUGGUGAGCCCGGUAUUCCAGGACAACCAGGUCUCCCUGGUCCUCCUGGCCCCCCUGGAUUCUGUGAAUCAUGCCCUACUGGUGGUCAGAACUAUUCUCCCCAGUUUGAUUCAUACGAUGUCAAGUCUGGAGUAGGAAUAGGAGGAAUCGGUGGUGGCUAUCCUGGGCCAGCUGGUCCCCCAGGCCCUCCUGGUCCCCCCGGUACAGUUGGUCAUCCUGGCUCCCCUGGUUCUCCAGGAUAUCAAGGUCCCCCUGGUGAACCUGGGCAAGCUGGUCCUGCAGGCCCUCCAGGACCUCCUGGUGCUAUAGGUCCAUCUGGUCCUGCUGGAAAAGAUGGAGAGUCAGGUAGACCUGGCCGACCUGGAGAACGAGGAUUGCCUGGACCACAAGGUAUGAAAGGUCCAGCUGGAAUUCCUGGAUUCCCCGGCAUGAAAGGACACAGAGGCUUCGAUGGACGAAAUGGAGAGAAAGGCGAAACAGGUGCUCCUGGGUUAAAGGGUGAAAAUGGUCUUCCAGGUGAAAAUGGAGCUCCUGGACCCAUGGGUCCAAGAGGGUCCCCCGGUGAAAGAGGACGGCCUGGACUUCCCGGAGCUGCAGGUGCUCGUGGUAACGAUGGUGCUCGAGGUAGUGAUGGUCAACCAGGUCCCCCUGGACCCCCUGGAACUGCAGGAUUCCCUGGAUCCCCUGGUGCUAAGGGUGAAGUUGGACCUGCAGGGUCUCCCGGUUCCAGUGGCUCUCCUGGACAAAGAGGAGAACCUGGACCUCAGGGACAUGCUGGUUCUCCAGGUCCUCCUGGCCCUCCUGGGAGUAACGGUAGUCCUGGUGGCAAAGGUGAAAUGGGUCCUGCCGGCAUUCCUGGAGCUCCUGGAUUGAUGGGAGCCCGGGGUCCUCCAGGACCAGCAGGUGCUAAUGGCGCUCCUGGACUUCGAGGCAGCGCAGGUGAGCCUGGUAAAAAUGGUGCCAAAGGAGAGCCGGGAGCACGUGGUGAACGUGGUGAAGCUGGUUCCCCAGGUAUUCCAGGAGCUAAGGGUGAAGAUGGUAAGGAUGGAUCACCUGGAGAACCCGGUGCCAAUGGGCUUCCCGGAGCUGCAGGAGAAAGGGGUGCCCCUGGAUUCCGAGGACCUGCUGGACCUAGUGGUAUCCCAGGAGAAAAGGGUCCUGCUGGAGACCGUGGUGCUCCAGGCCCCGCAGGGCCCAGAGGAGCAGCUGGAGAACCUGGCCGAGAUGGUGUCCCUGGAGGUCCAGGAAUGAGGGGCGUGCCCGGAAGCCCAGGAGGACCAGGCAAUGAUGGAAAACCAGGGCCUCCUGGAAGUCAAGGAGAAAGUGGUCGCCCCGGUCCUCCAGGGCCAUCUGGUCCCCGAGGUCCUCCUGGUGUUAUGGGUUUCCCUGGUCCUAAAGGAAAUGAUGGUGCUCCUGGAAAGAAUGGAGAAAGAGGUAGCGCUGGAGGACCCGGCCCUCAGGGUCCACCUGGGAAAAAUGGUGAAGCUGGACCUCAAGGCCCCCCAGGACCUACUGGGCCAGGUGGUGACAAGGGAGACACAGGACCCCCUGGUCCACAAGGAUUACAAGGCUUGCCCGGUACAGGUGGUCCCCCAGGAGAAAAUGGAAAACCCGGUGAACCAGGACCAAAGGGUGAUGCUGGUUCACCUGGAGCUCCAGGAGGCAAGGGUGAUGCUGGUGCCCCUGGGGAGCGUGGGCCUCCUGGAUUGGCUGGAGCCCCAGGACUUAGAGGUGGAGCUGGUCCCCCUGGACCUGAAGGAGGAAAGGGUGCUGCUGGUCCUCCUGGGCCACCUGGUGCUUCUGGCAGUCCUGGUCUGCAAGGGAUGCCUGGAGAAAGAGGAGGUCCUGGAAGUCCUGGUCCAAAGGGUGACAAGGGUGAUCCAGGUGGUGCAGGUGCUGAUGGUGUUCCAGGGAAAGACGGUCCAAGGGGUCCCGCUGGUCCCAUUGGUCCCCCUGGUCCAGCUGGCCAGCCUGGAGACAAGGGUGAAGGUGGUGCCCCGGGACUUCCAGGUAUAGCUGGACCUCGUGGUGGCCCUGGUGAGAGAGGUGAACAUGGCCCUCCCGGACCUGCGGGCUUCCCUGGUGCUCCUGGACAGAAUGGUGAGCCUGGUGGUAAAGGAGAAAGAGGUGCCCCAGGUGAAAAAGGUGAAGGAGGCCCUCCUGGAAUUGCAGGACCCCCUGGAGGUGCUGGGCCUGCUGGUCCUCCUGGUCCCCAAGGUGUCAAAGGUGAACGUGGCAGUCCUGGUGGUCCUGGUGCUGCUGGCUUCCCUGGUGCCCGUGGUCUUCCUGGUCCUCCUGGUAAUAAUGGUAACCCAGGCCCCCCAGGCCCCGGUGGUUCUCCAGGCAAGGACGGCCCCCCAGGUCCUGCAGGUAACAGUGGCGCUCCUGGCAGCCCCGGUGUGUCUGGACCAAAAGGUGAUGCUGGCCAACCAGGAGAGAAGGGACCACCUGGCGCCCAGGGCCCUCCAGGAGCUCCAGGCCCACUUGGAAUUGCGGGGAUUACUGGAGCACGGGGUCUUGCAGGACCACCAGGCAUGCCAGGUCCUAGGGGAAACCCUGGCCCUCAAGGCAUCAAGGGUGAAGGUGGUAAACCAGGAGCUAAUGGUCUAAAUGGAGAACGUGGUCCUCCUGGACCCCAGGGUCUUCCUGGUCUGGCUGGUACAGCUGGUGAACCCGGAAGAGAUGGAAACCCUGGAUCCGAUGGUCUGCCAGGCCGAGAUGGGUCCCCUGGUGGCAAGGGUGAUCGUGGUGAAAGUGGCUCUCCUGGUGCCCCUGGGGCUCCUGGUCAUCCAGGCCCACCUGGUCCUGUUGGUCCAGCUGGAAAGAGUGGUGACAGAGGAGAAAGUGGUCCUGCUGGCCCCGCUGGUCCUGCUGGUCCUGCUGGUGCCCGAGGUGCUCCUGGUGCCCAAGGCCCACGUGGUGACAAAGGCGAAACAGGUGAACGUGGUGCUAAUGGCAUCAAAGGACAUCGAGGAUUCCCUGGUAAUCCAGGCCCCCCAGGCUCCCCAGGUCCUUCUGGUCACCAAGGUGCAGUCGGUAGUCCAGGACCUGCAGGCCCCAGGGGACCUGCUGGACCCGGUGGACCCCCUGGCAAAGACGGAACAAGUGGACAUCCAGGUCCCAUUGGACCACCAGGCCCUCGAGGUAACAGAGGUGAAAGAGGAUCUGAGGGCUCUCCAGGCCACCCAGGACAGCCAGGCCCUCCCGGACCACCUGGUGCCCCUGGUCCUUGCUGUGGUGGUGGUGCUGCUGCCAUCGCUGGGGUUGGAGGCGAAAAAUCUGGUGGUUUUUCCCCAUAUUAUGGAGAUGAACCGAUGGACUUCAAAAUCAACACUGAAGAAAUUAUGAGUUCACUCAAAUCUGUUAAUGGACAAAUAGAAAGAAUCAUUAGUCCUGAUGGUUCUCGUAAAAACCCUGCUCGGAACUGCAGAGACCUGAAAUUCUGCCAUCCUGAACUCAAGAGUGGAGAAUAUUGGGUUGAUCCUAACCAAGGUUGUAAAUUGGAUGCUAUCAAGGUAUUCUGUAACAUGGAAACUGGGGAAACGUGCAUAAGUGCCAAUCCUUCCAAUGUUCCACGUAAGAACUGGUGGACCGAUUCUGGUGCUGACAAGAAACACGUUUGGUUUGGAGAGUCCAUGAAUGGUGGUUUUCAGUUUAGCUAUGGCAAUCCUGAACUGCCUGAAGAUGUCCUUGAUGUACAGCUGGCCUUCCUCCGACUUCUCUCCAGCCGGGCCUCUCAGAACAUCACAUAUUACUGCAAGAAUAGCAUUGCCUACAUGGAUCAUGACACUGGGAAUGUAAAGAAAGCCCUGAGGCUGAUGGGAUCAAAUGAAGGCGAAUUCAAGGCUGAAGGAAAUAGCAAAUUCACUUACACAGUUCUGGAGGACGGUUGCACUAAACACACUGGGGAAUGGAGCAAAACAGUCUUUGAAUAUCGAACACGCAAGGCUGUGAGACUACCUAUUGUAGAUAUUGCACCCUAUGACAUUGGUGGUCCCAAUCAAGAAUUUGGUGCGGACGUUGGCCCUGUUUGCUUUUUAUAAACCAAACUCUAUCUGAAAUCCCAGCAAAAAGUUUCAUUCCAUAUGUGUUCCUCUUGUUCUAAUCUUGUCAACCAGUACAAGUGACCAACUAAAUUCCAGUUAUUUAUUUCCAAAACAUUUGGAAAAAGAAUAAUUUGACCAAAAAAAAGGAUACUUUUUUGUUUUUGCUGUUCCAUCAAAUACAGUUCAAAUGCUUUUCGUUUUAUUUUUUUACCAAUUCCAAUUUCAAAAUGUCUCAAUGGUGCUAUAAUAAAUAAACUUCAACACUCUUCCAAUAACACUGUGUUACAUUCUUUGAAUCCUAGCCUAUCAGCAAAGCAAUGACUACGCUCACCAGUAAAAGAAAACCUUUCUGAAAUAGCCAAACAUGAAAUUAGAAAAGACCUCCCUAUUUCAACUACCUCAACUGGUCAGAAACAGAUGAAUUCUGAGUCCCAGAAGACCAAAAAAAUUGUAUAAGUGAACAAAAUUUGUGAAUUUCAUUGAAUAAUUUCCUAGGAUAUUGGCUCAAGAGAAAAUAGAGUUUAGUGCAAAAAUUUGAAGAAAUAUUUUUAAUGCCACAAAUUAAUUUAAUCUUGGGUAUCAACUUCUUUUUAAGGUGCUUCUCUUUUUUCUUGUCUUUGCUGGUCAAGAUUACUAAUAUUUGGGAAAGCUUUAAAGACACAUGUUAUGGUGCUAAUGUACUUUCACUUUUAAAACUCUAAAUCAGCAUUGUUGACUUUUAUUCAAAACAAAAAUGCACAGCAUCUGUACACGUCUCCUGUCAGAAAGAUUAAUUGGCAGGCCUCAGGGGACUCUCCCUAUAUCCUGUAAAAGUCAACAACAACAACAAAAUUAUGAGGCUGCUUUUGUCACAAUAACACAGAAUGUGUUGAAAUUUAACUCUGUAAGCUUGUAUGUGGUUGUUGAUCUUUUUUUUUUUCCUUAGAGACUCCCAUAAUAAAAUAUCAUAUUAAAA